UCCAAGUCCAUUUCUCCUAUUCUUUGAGGUAGCUAAUUAAGGAAUAAAAUGAGUGCCAAAGUUCCAAUUUUCUUUGUUUUUGUAAUGUUGUUUGCUUUAAGUUCAGCAAAUCCAAGCAAAAGAAAGCAAUACACACCAUGCAAAAACCUAGUCCUUUAUUAUCAUGACAUAAUUUACAAUGGAAAGAAUGGAGCUAAUGCAACAUCUUCAAUAGUAGCAGCUCCACAAGGUGCUAAUUUAACAAAAUUGGCACCUCAAUUCCACUUUGGUGACUUAAUAGUUUUUGAUGACCCUAUCACAUUGGACAAUAAUCUUCAUUCAAAACCAAUUGGAAGAGCACAAGGCUUUUACAUGUAUGAUACCAAAAACGCAUUCACUGCAUGGUUUAGUUUCACAUUGAUUCUUAAUAGCCCUUAUCAUGAAGGAACCAUAACUUUAGCUGGUGCUGACCCAACUAUAAAGAAAACUAGAGAUAUUUCAGUGACUGGUGGCACUGGAGAUUUCUUUAUGCAUAGAGGAAUUGCUACUCUUAUAACUGAUACUUUUCAAGGUGAUGCUUAUUUUCGACUUCGUAUUGAAAUUAAGUUCUACGAGUGUUGGUAAUUUUAAUUAAGAAGUUAUUAAUGUCCAUUUUCUAUUUCACUUAAUCCGGUGGAUCUAGAUUCCUGGAAUAUUGCAUAUUGUACUGCAAUUUGAAUUUGUAUCCUUUUGUGUGUAUGUGUGUUUUUGUUUUGGCAAGUACUUAUAUUCCAACUUAA